AUGAGUUGUCCAGUUGAUUUUCGUUUGGAAUUGAAUCCAGAACUUGAAAAACACCCUUUACCAAAACCACCGGAAUAUCUUAAACAUCAGGUAUAUGAUGAUGUGGACGUUUUUUCGCGAAUUGAUAAUCACGCCAUCGAGUUCAUGAAAGGUAGUUCAGUAUUUACUAGUGCUUUCGUAAAAUAUCAAGUAGAAAAUUUUGUUUUUAAAAUGUCGUGUACACCUGCUAUUCAUUUGUCUAGUUACGCUGGACUUCACUGCGUUGCAAUUAGUGGCUACGCUAAGGGAGUUGACUACUUUCCUGGAGACCGUUUUCAGGGUCUUCCAGCAAAUCAUUCAUGGAACGCUGUUUACUUAAAGGGCUCCUGGCAACUUGUAGAUGCCCACUGGGCCACUCGCUAUCUUAGUUCUGGGGUCAACAUGCAGGAUAACGUUGUGUACGAGUAUGAUGAUUUCUACUUUCUCAUGGAGCCGCAACAGGCAAUUUACAGUCAUUUUGCAGAAGACUGCCGUUGGCAACUGCUUCCAAAGAAACUCACCUUAGCACAGUUUGAGAGUCUGCCUCUUACCAAAUCACAGUUUUUCAAGUGUGCGAUGGACUUUCGAGGUGAGCACCACGGCGUAGUCCAGGUGGUCGACGGCUGCAUUCGCAUGACUCUGGGGUUCUGGAAGCCUGGCGCCUUCACUUACAAGGUGCAGCAUCUUCUUGGCAGCGCCAAAGACCCCCAGCCAUCAUUGCUUCCUGCUCGGUCGUUGGAUCUGACGGAUGCCUUGCUCGUCGGACACGAGAGCAUGCCCCUCAAGGAUUUUGUCCUCCAAGAAACGACUCAAGAUACUCUCAACUUCUUUUUCCGCCUACCAUCAAGAGGCGUCUACUUUUUGACAAUCUACGCUCAGGACUUGAGCAACCCGGUGAUGGCCAGAAACGGUACUUUUCGUGCAGCCUGUGAAUACAAGCUGAUUUUCGCAGAAGGCGAGGCGUGCUGUGAGCCCUACCCAGUCUGUGAUGACAUGAACUGGGGCCCGUCGUGGCUGCACACUCGCCACUACGGUCUUGAACUCGCUCACCAAAACGGAGUGAUCAGCCUGCCUCCGGGACGUCUCGCUCCCUCAGGCGAUUACGUUGAGCCAGGCCACCUGGAGCUGCGCUGUGUUCGGCAUCGACCUGAAGUGCAGCUAUUCUCAAAACUGAAAAAAAAUCACGUCCCAGAUGAAGCGUUGGAGCAGUACCUCCGGAUUCACGUUACGCCUGGGGAAGCCAUCUUCGUCCUGGAUUUGCCUGAGCCUGGUGAAUAUGGCCUCGAAAUCUACGCGAAUGAGCCCGAGGAUGGGCGGGCCUUCACGCAUGUCUGCCAGUACCUUGUUCACUACGAGGCUCCACCUGGUUGGCUGUCUCGUCCGGCAGCGCCAGCGAAGGCCGUCAGUACCGCUGCGGUCACCCUGCGGCAGACAGGGGGGAGUGAGCGGGCACCCGAGCACCAGCGCGACUCCCUCACCCGUCUGCGCGAGAUGCCCGCGUACGGAGCUGACGCCCCGUCCAUCGGCCAGCUACCACAGCCGUACCUUGAACCGCGCAUCGCGUCUGUCCAGCAUAAGGUCAAUGUUGAGAGCGGCCGACGAACUCCCAGAGUCCUCGCUUCAAACGCCCACGAUUAUGACGCCAAUUAUAAGGACCAUCUGGAAUUCCGAUAUGCGCCAUCUGCAUGGUCAGAUACGGAGAGCCUGGACAGGGGCAUGGGGGCAAUGGGAAUCAAUGGGGUAAGCAAUAUUUACGUGGAGUUUAUGAAACCCCAGAAAACAGGGGUUAGAGGCGUUGAGGACGCGUUGAAUAUGCCGAGUGGCGUUGCCGACCAGAUCAGGCGUAGUCAGCCGUACAUGCUUGCCUUGUUGGGUGGGCUGACGCCCACUCUCCGUUCACAACGUGAUCGGGCUCGUUCGUUUGCAACGCUGGCACAGCGACAGAUAUCUCCAGGUAAUGGGAAGAAGCCAUCAGAAUUCGAUCGCACCGGUCGAUAUUCGCCAUACACUCCAGAUGGCAGGCGGCCCAGCCAGCAGUAUAACAGAAUAGGCGUGGCCCAGCAGCAGGCUGCCAAGGGUCAAGUCUUCCCCUCUGCUGCCUCUCCACCUUCGCACGUAACCUGGGUGACGGGGCCGUUGCAGAAGGAACCCCCAAAGGAGUUUGUCCCGCAGCUGCUUGACCCCGAGCCGGCCUAUCAGAAGCCGGCACCCGAUGCCAUACCUAGUCGUGCCCCCGCCUACCCUACACAGGGCGAUGACGCCUUCAAGGCCUUCCAGAAGGUUGACGAACACGCAAUGGCCGUGUCCUAUCAGGAGCAGAACAGCUUCAAUCAGCUGAUCUGGCAGCUGAUUUACGCAAGGAACAUCACCUCGGACAUCGAGCGUGUGCGGGCGAUUUUCCUCUGGCUUUGUACCAAGGACCUGCACCAGAUGAACUUUAAUAAUGUGUCCCCGGGCUCCCCUGAAGAGAUACUCAUGGGCAUCAGAACUGGGAAGUCUACAUACGCCCAAAUCUUUCAAACACUGUGUCGGUACGCCAAUUUGCACUGUAAGCUGCUGUUGGGCUACGCCAAGGGAGCUGAUUACUCUCCUGGCAUGCGGUUUUCGGGCGCGUCGACAGGCCAGCACUCAUGGAACGCCGUCCUCGUGGACGGAACCUGGCGUCUCGUGGACUGCCAUUGGGCCGCCCGUCGUCUCAUCGUGAAACGCGCAAGUGUGGAGAACGUGCGCUACAUCCUCGACACCUUCUACUUCCUGGCGAACCCCAGUCAACUUAUCUACACCCACUUCCCGCAUGACAAGGACUGGCAGCUACUGCACCAUCCAAUCACGCUGGAGGAAUUCGAGACGUUGCCACUGGUGAAGUCGGCGUUCUUCAAGUACAACUUAAGCCUACUGAGCCAUCGCACCGCAGUCAUACUUUUCUCCGACCCUGAGGUCCGAGUCGUGGUUGGCUUCCCCAAGGACGCGGAGAACUCGUUCUUGUUCACCAUCGGUCUCUCCUUCGACGACAAUGACUCAGCUGAGCAUUACAAGAAUGUCUCUCUCAUGCGAUACACGCGCCAGGAAGUAAUAGCUCAAGAGAGCUGCGUGGCCUUCUACAUUCGACCACCACGUCCAGGUGCCUACAAACUGUUGAUUUAUGCUAAGCAGCGGGACAGUGGAAGCAACCAGGACGUGGAGACGGCCUCAGUUGGGUCCAACGCCUCGAGUGGGGAGAAGAACCUGUACGGCGCGGUGUGCGAGUACCGCCUCAUGGCCCGCGUGCCUGCUAACGCCUGCCUUCCGCCCUUCCCACCCUGCCAGACUGGCAACUACGGCGCAACUGAGAUGGCAAAGCGCUUCAACGUAGUUCCCCACACGCAGGAGGCGACGCUGCGCGCGCAAGGCGGCAUAGCGGAGGUUCGCUUCGGCCUGGCCCCGGGCACCCGGCAGCCCAUGCCCCGGAUAAUGAGUCGGCUUCACUGCAGUCUCAUGUCCGAUGACGCCCUUGAGAACUGCAUCCUCCAGAGGGUGGUCAAAGACGGCACCGAGACGGUCAUCACCGUCUUCCUUCCCGACGCCGGCGAAUUCGGCCUCGAGGUCUACGCCAACGACCCUGAGAGGGACGGAUCCUCGUUUUUCGCAAUAUGGCAGUUCCUGAUCACAUCUGAAGUACCCUCGGCGGCACGUGGUCUCCCCAAUCUACCAGCAAGUUACCUCGGUCCCGCAGCGCGAUUCUACGAGCUCGGCCUCCAAACCGUCAGUCACCCUGAUCCCCUCAUCAAGGCGGACGCCGGAGAACUUCGUAUCCAACUUGCCUACCAGCCACAACGCCCGCUAAAGAUGAUGGCACAGCUAAUAUACGCCUCCAAUAACGCCAGCGAUGACCAUUCGCAAAUGGUGCUGCAACAGAUGCGUGUGGGCCAGGUGUACUUCAUGGUGCGAAUCCCGAGACUGGGCUUCUUCAAACUUCAAAUCUACGCCCUCCCAGAGGGCGACCGCAACGACUCCCUGCCAGGCGUCUACAACUACCUCAUCGAGGCCACAAAGACGACGCACAGGGUUCGUGGCCAACUAAUGCCGUUCCCGCAGCAGUUUGCACACUGGCGGCGCAGCGGCUGCUUCCUCGACUCGCCCACGGAGGGCAUUCUGGGGCUGGACGCGAGCGGGCGUCUGAUGGCCAACCCGCCCGCCGAAUUGCCCUUCAGUCUGGCGGUGCCGAGCGCGCACACCGUCGCCGUCGUGGUGGACGACGACUGGACGUACCUGGAGGCGCGCGGCGACCGAUGGGAGGGCAACGUGCCCAUGCGCGCGCACUGGGGCCGCCAGUCGCGGCUCUCCGUCUGUGCCUGCUACUCCGAGCACGACGCCACCUUCAGCACCCUACUUGAAUACUCCAUUGCACACUGA